AACAACUGUCAAACAAAAUGUCAAAGAAUUAGAAAAAUGUAUAAAAACUUUACAAUUUCUAUUUAUUUAUUAAAUUGUAUCAAAAAAACUAAACAAAAGUUAUAAAAUAAUAACAACAAAAAUACAAAUCAACAAUUACUCCAAUCUCAUAAAGAACUUCCAUCAUUGAACUUAAAAACUACCCCAAAAAUAAAAUGCAAAACAAUAGCGAUUUGUUUACACCAUUGCCAGUGGAAUUGUCCACACCCAAUGGACUCCUCUAUCAAUUCAAUGAAACCUCAGAAAAAUAUCUUAAACAUGAUUUUUAUACUUUUGAAAUGGAUGGUUUUACUGUCCCAGGAAUCGACGAUGACAUUCCACCGCCUAUAGUCGGUUUAAGUCCAAUUCCCGAAGAGACAAGUUGUUCGAUGAUAAUUCACCAUCCACUCGAACCAUUAUUCUCACCCGUCGACCCAACGUCGUCGUUAGCAUUAAUUCCUAAAGUUGUCACACCACCAAAUGCAAAUCAAGAAGAAGGGCAAUCAUUGGCAAUUCCCACGAAAGAUAAACAACUUUCGUGUGAUUUAUGUGAAGAGACUUUCUUCUCAACUCAAGCCCUUCGUUUGCAUCGACGCGUUCAACAUAUUUCCACUAAAGAAUUCCGUUGUCGCAAAUGUCCAGCUUCUUAUAACUUUGAAUCGAAUUUGCUACUGCAUCUGGCAUCGCAUGUUCCAAGUGUUAGUACGAUUAAACAAUGUCCUCAGUGUAAUAUGGUUUUUAAGCGCAUAUCGAGUUUUAAAGGUCACUUGAAAACCCAUCAAUCUAGCGACAGAUUCAAGUGUAAUCGUUGUGACAAGGAAUUCGAAUUGAAAGGUUACUAUGAAAAGCAUAUAACGAAAGAUCAUAAACCAGAUGUUGAUGGAACUAUUGAGGAAAUUCUAUUUAAAGUGGCAAAUAAUACAAAAUGUCGAAGACCAUCAAAGUUAAUCAAUGGAAAAUACAGCUGUCAAUAUUGUGGGAAGAAAUUCACUAAACCUUGUCUCUUAAAGCGACAUGAAGUUUGUCACACGGGUACAAAGCCAUUUCAAUGUAGCCAGUGUGAUCAGGGAUUUACACAAAAAUCAUCUCUGGACAGACAUAUGCUUUUGCAUCAGGGUGUUAAGGAUUUUAAAUGUCCAAUGUGCAGUUAUAGCUUUACCCAAAAGAACAAUCUAAUAGUCCACAUCCAGAGAACCCAUACAAUGAAUGCCGACGCCGACAAUAUGUUUGCUUGUGAAUUCUGUCCCUGUGUAUUCACAAAACUAAGUAGUGUCAAUCGUCAUCGAGCAAUGAUACAUCCAGACAAGGAGAAUUGCUCUGGGCAAGAUGGUUGCUUUCAAAAUAAUGACGAUGAAGAUGAUGAUAGUGUGAAUGUUGCCAGGGUUAUGGAACAACUAAAAAGUUUCCAAGAAUCAAUGGGAAUUAUGGAUAUGAAACCAGCUGCCUUAGAAUUGUCACUUAUGAAACCACCAUCGCCUGGACCGAUAGUCAAUACGGUCACCAUUGUCGACACAAUAAAUCCGAAGAAAGAAAAGACAUUCAAAACUGCCAAAGAAAUCAUUUACAAGGGAGAACGGACGAUUGCUUGUGUGUAUUGUGAUAAACCAUUCAAGAGGCAAUAUGAUCUUUUAAGACAUCAUCGAACUCACACCAAGGAAAAGCCAUUUACAUGUAAUAUCUGCAAUAAAGGUUUCUCAACAAAUAGUGGCCUUAAAAUCCACCUCAACACACACAUUUCAUCCGAUGAAAAGCCAGUUAGGGCUUAUAAAUGUGCAUUUGAUGAAUGUCAUAAGCGAUUUGCAUCAUUACGAGCUUUAGAUAUUCACACCAAGACCCAUACAAAUUCCAUUUCAUAUAUUUGUCCAGUUUGUUCGAAAAUCUUCACCUCCAAAGCUGGUUUAUCCGCACACAAGCACAUCACAAAAGAUCAAGAAUUCGAUAGUGUUCGUGAGUUUUUAAAAUCUCCCGUGCAAAUUGAACCAAAAAAUCCAGCCGAGGAAGCUUCUCGAGCCGAAGAGUAUUUGAAAAGAAUUCAUCAGUGUUUUGUGUGUGGUUUGAAGAUGCAAAAAUUAUCCCAUCUUCGACAGCAUGAAGCUACCCAUACUGGAGAGAAACCCUAUCAGUGUGAGAUUUGUUUUAGAACCUACACGACGCAAAGUUCCCUUAAUCUUCAUUUGAAAAUUCACACAUCUCAAAAGACUCACAUCUGCCAAGUGUGCAAUGCAAAGUUCUUCACACAAUCUUUGCUAAUGCGACACAUGAUCUCUCAUAGUAAUGAGCGAAACUUUGCUUGUCCGUACUGCGAUGAGCGAUUUAAAACCAACGACAAUUGUAAGACGCAUAUUUUAACCCAUGCCAGGAGUUUGCUGGCUAGUCCUGAUCCUCCUCCUCCUGAGCCAUCGUUCAAUCGAGAAUAUUUUAUCGAAUCUGAAGAAAUUACACUAAACAAUUCCAUAACUCAGAAAUAUGUUGCAAUUGUUGAGAGUUCUGAGAAGAAUCUUUCGCCGAAAUUCCUUCAACUUGAAUUGGUUAAAAAUUGCAAAAAGCAUAAACAUAAAAAUUUAACCAUCGAAACUGUGACAACCAAGACAAUUUCACCAAAGAAAUCAUCAUCAUCAAAGAAAUCCUUAGCACGAUCGGUUAGACAGAUAAGUCAGAGUGGACACAAAUGCACUGAAUGUGGAAAAGUAUUCUUAAAAGCCAACGAUUUGGAACGACACAUUCGGACUCAUACUAAAGAAAAACCAUAUCAGUGUAGCACCUGCUCCAGGCAGUUUGCUUUAAUGUCUACUUUGGUGAAUCAUAUGAAGACGCAUGAUGCUGAACGAGAAACUUUUGAUUGUCAGGUGUGUGGGAAGAAGUAUACAUCGCAAAAAGUGCUGACGGUGCAUUUGAGAAUACAUACGGGUGAGCGACCGUUUCAGUGUGGAGUGUGUAAGAAAACUUUUCGGACUUCUGGACAUAAGAUUUCACAUAUUAAGGCGCAUCAUAAAAAGAAGAGAUAAGAGAUUCUGAUGGUACCUAUUCAAUGGAAAAUGUGAAACUAAUGUGAUCAAAAAGAAAUGUGAUUUACCGUUGAUUUAAAUUCAUAUUAUAAAAUUUAAAUAACCUUAAAA